CACCCCAGCAACACAAAGUUGUGCAUUUUCCUCAAUUCUAUCCUAUCAACUCCUCUCAAUUCAUUACAGGUUGCAAAUAUGAUUCUGUGGCUAAACAUGGUGUCCCUACUAGCAUUCCUCAGAGGUGUUCAAUCUGAGGUCCAGUUGGUGGAGUCUGGAGGGGGUGUGAGAAGACCUGGAGGGUCCCUCCGUCUCUCCUGCCAAGCCUCAGGAUUCACCUUCAGCAGCUAUUACAUGGGCUGGGUGAGACAGACUCCAGGGAAAGGACUGGAGUGGGUUGCAAGGAUAGGUACAUCCUCAUCUCCAAUUAGCUACUCAGACAAAGUCAAGGGACGCUUCACCAUCUCUAGGGAUGAUUCCCGGAGCCAGCUGUAUCUGCAAAUGAACAAUCUGAAACCAGAGGACACAGCUGUCUAUUACUGUGCAAGAGAGUCACAAAAAAGCUACACCCUCUGUCAUUUGGAACAUUUUGCAGGCAACAACCAUAUUGCUUCCGCAGAAAUGAAUAGUAAUAUUAUACUUCUACUGCAGUUAGUUUUCAGCUCAUCUCUGUUACCAGAUAUUAAAUGCAGUGGUCAGCUGGAACAAUCUGGAAGUUAUGUGAAAAGACCCGGAGAGUCCCUCUCUCUUUCCUGCCAAGGCUCUGGAUUUAACUUUGGAAGCUCUGGCAUGCAUUGGGUGAGACAAGCUCCAGGAAAAGGACUGGAAUGGAUUGCAGUUAUUUGGUACGAUGCCAGUAAGCAAUUCUAUGCAGAAUCUGUCAAGGGACGCUUCACCAUCUCCAGGGACAAUGCCAAAAGCCAGCUGUAUCUGCAGAUGAACAGCCUCAAAGCUGAAGACACUGCAGUCUAUUACUGUGCUGGAGACACAGUGAGAAGAAGUGAAUCUGAAGCCUACCAAGAACUUUCUCCUCCUUUGAGCAGUUCUCCAAAUUGA